GAGGCGGAGGCGGUUGAUGGUUGACCGUUGGCUCCAGGGUUGGGGUCGCCGCUCGUGUGAUCAGCUCACACACGACCAGGGGGCGAGGGUUGCUGACGUCCUGCCUGGAACCCACCGGGGAGACCUAGUUCCGCUCCGCCAUGCCGGCGGGGAGUAACGAGCCGGACGGCGUCCUUAGCUAUCAGAGACCAGAUGAAGAAGCUGUUGUAGAUCAGGGUGGGACCAGUACAGUUCUCAACAUUCACUAUGAGAAAGAAGAAUUGGAAGGUCACAGAACUCUGUAUGUGGGGGUUCGGAUGCCACUGGGCCGGCAGAGUCAUCGGCACCACCGCACCCAUGGCCAGAAGCACCGAAGACGAGGGCGGGGCAAAGGAGCCAGCCAGGGAGAGGAGGGUCUGGAAGCUCUAGCCCAUGACACACCAUCUCAGCGUGUUCAGUUCAUUCUUGGCACUGAGGAAGAUGAGGAGCAUGUUCCUCAUGAGCUGUUCACAGAGCUGGAUGAGAUCUGUAUGAAAGAGGGAGAAGAUGCAGAGUGGAAGGAGACAGCGAGGUGGCUGAAGUUUGAAGAAGAUGUUGAGGAUGGGGGAGAGCGCUGGAGCAAGCCUUAUGUGGCAACCCUUUCAUUGCAUAGUCUCUUUGAGCUAAGGAGCUGCCUCAUUAAUGGAACUGUCCUUCUGGAUAUGCGUGCAAAUAGCAUAGAAGAAAUUUCAGACCUAAUCCUGGACCAGCAAGAACUGUUCAGUGACCUAAAUGACAGCAUGAGGGUCAAAGUGCGGGAAGCCCUUCUCAAAAAGCAUCAUCAUCAGAAUGAAAAGAAGAGAAACAACCUUAUUCCUAUUGUUCGUUCCUUUGCUGAAGUUGGCAAGAAGCAGUCUGAUCCACAUUCGAUGGAUAAAAAUGGUCAAACCUUAUCUCCUCAGUCUGUUCCAGCUACAAAUCUUGAAGUAAAAAAUGGAGUAAAUUGUGAACACAGUCCUGUAGACUUAAGCAAGGUGGACCUUCAUUUCAUGAAAAAAAUUCCCACUGGAGCAGAGGCCUCAAAUGUCCUGGUCGGAGAGGUGGAUACUUUGGACCGGCCCAUCGUUGCCUUUGUGAGGCUCUCUCCAGCUGUUCUUCUCUCAGGCCUCACAGAAGUACCAAUUCCAACAAGAUUUUUGUUUAUCUUAUUGGGCCCAGUAGGAAAAGGUCAGCAGUACCAUGAGAUUGGCAGAUCCAUGGCCACCAUCAUGACAGAUGAGAUUUUUCAUGAUGUGGCAUAUAAGGCAAAAGAGCGAGAUGAUCUCCUGGCAGGGAUUGAUGAGUUCCUAGACCAGGUGACGGUACUUCCUCCAGGGGAAUGGGACCCCUCCAUUAGAAUUGAGCCACCCAAAAAUGUCCCUUCACAGGAGAAAAGGAAAAUGCCUGGAGUUCCAAAUGGAAAUGUUUGCCACAUAGAACCAGAACCACAUGGGGGUCAUAGUGGACCAGAACUUCAGCGUACUGGGCGGCUAUUUGGGGGCUUGGUGCUGGACAUCAAGCGGAAGGCCCCCUGGUACUGGAGCGACUAUCGGGAUGCACUCAGCUUACAGUGUCUGGCCUCCUUUCUGUUCCUGUACUGUGCCUGCAUGUCACCUGUCAUCACCUUUGGGGGAUUGCUUGGAGAAGCCACUGAGGGACGCAUAAGUGCAAUUGAAUCCUUAUUUGGAGCCUCCAUGACUGGGAUUGCCUAUUCCUUGUUUGCAGGACAGCCCCUUACCAUCCUGGGAAGUACGGGGCCAGUGCUUGUGUUUGAAAAGAUUUUGUUCAAAUUCUGCAAAGACUAUACCCUUUCAUACCUCUCCCUUCGAGCUUGUAUUGGACUGUGGACGGCCUUCCUGUGUAUUGUCCUUGUGGCAACCGAUGCCAGUUCCCUUGUCUGCUAUAUUACCCGCUUCACUGAAGAAGCAUUUGCCUCCCUGAUUUGCAUUAUUUUCAUCUAUGAAGCAAUAGAAAAGCUGAUUCACCUGGCAGAAACCUACCCCAUCCACAUGCACAGCCAGCUGGACCACCUUAGCCUCUAUUAUUGUAGGUGUACUCUCCCAGAGAAUCCAAAUAAUCACACUCUACAGUACUGGAAGGACCACAACAUUGUGACAGCAGAAGUGCACUGGGCUAACCUCACUGUCAGUGAAUGCCAGGAAAUGCAUGGAGAGUUCAUGGGAUCUGCAUGUGGCCAUCAUGGACCUUACACUCCUGAUGUGCUCUUUUGGUCCUGUAUUCUUUUCUUCACCACCUUCAUCCUCUCAAGCACCUUAAAGACAUUUAAGACAAGUCGCUAUUUCCCAACCAGAGUACGUUCCAUGGUGAGUGACUUUGCCGUUUUCCUCACUAUCUUCACAAUGGUGAUUAUUGAUUUUUUGAUUGGAGUCCCAUCACCAAAGCUUCAAGUUCCCAGUGUGUUCAAGCCCACAAGGGAUGAUCGAGGAUGGUUUAUCAGUCCCAUUGGCCCUAAUCCUUGGUGGACUGUGAUAGCUGCAAUUAUCCCAGCUCUUCUCUGUACUAUCUUGAUAUUCAUGGACCAGCAGAUCACAGCUGUCAUCAUUAAUAGGAAGGAACAUAAGCUUAAGAAAGGCUGUGGCUACCACCUGGAUCUGCUGAUGGUGGCCAUCAUGCUGGGUGUCUGCUCCAUCAUGGGCCUGCCCUGGUUUGUGGCUGCAACUGUCCUGUCCAUCACACAUGUGAACAGCCUCAAGUUGGAAUCUGAGUGCUCUGCUCCAGGAGAACAGCCCAAGUUCUUGGGCAUUCGAGAGCAGAGGGUGACAGGCCUUAUGAUCUUUGUGCUGAUGGGCUGCUCAGUCUUCAUGACCACUGUCUUAAAGUUUAUUCCGAUGCCAGUACUCUAUGGAGUUUUUCUCUACAUGGGAGUUUCUUCACUACAGGGAAUUCAGUUCUUUGAUCGUCUGAAGCUCUUUGGGAUGCCUGCAAAGCACCAGCCAGAUUUUAUUUACCUGCGUCACGUGCCUCUGCGCAAAGUGCACCUCUUCACUCUCAUCCAGCUGACCUGCCUUGUCCUGCUCUGGGUCAUUAAGGCAUCACCAGCUGCCAUUGUUUUCCCAAUGAUGGUUUUGGCCUUGGUCUUUGUCAGGAAAGUCAUGGAUCUCUGUUUCUCUAAGCGAGAGCUGAGCUGGUUAGAUGAUCUCAUGCCUGAAAGCAAAAAGAAGAAGUUGGAUGAUGCCAAAAAGAAGGCCAAGGAGGAAGAGGAGGCUGAGAAAAUGUUAGAAAUUGGGGGAGACAAGUUCCCCCUUGAGAGCAGGAAAUUACUAAGUAGUCCUGGAAAGAACAACAGUUUCAGAUGUGACCCCUCUGAGAUUAAUAUUUCUGAUGAAAUGCCUAAAACCACGGUCUGGAAAGCUCUCAGUAUGAAUUCUGGAAACACAAAGGAAAAAAGUCUCUUCAACUAAGAGUCUUUGCUGGGAUAGAAGAUUUGGGCCAUGAGGUGCCUCAGGGAAGUUCUGGUUACAGAGAAAAUGGUGAGUCUCUCAGAGAAGAAGCAAGACCAAGUCUGGCCCUGUCCUUGGUCAUCUCAAAGCCAUGCUGAAGCAUUCAGUUAUUCUUGGUGUGCAUUGGAGGCCACCCAGCCAUCCCCAUACCAGCAGUGAGUCACCAGAUGUGAACGUGGAAGCAGAAGGCCACCUCCUGUUGGUACUUCUCCUCCUCUUCCUUCUUUCUCUUCAGAACUGCCACCAUUAAAGAUCCAGCUUCCCAUUUUUCAGACAUUUUCUCUGAAACUCUCUGCUGGCCUGCUGAGCCACAUGGAUCCAUUCUGCCAUUGAGGAUUCCUGCUUUGAGCUCCCUCUUCCUUAAAAGAUGAUGAGGUGGGGGAGUAGCAGGAGAACAGAGAAAAAGGGGAAGCUUCCUCAGUCAUGUUGGUAUCUGCAGACCCUUAGGAAGCCCUGGGCCUUAGUUUGAUUGCCUACCCUGGGUGGGGGAUGCUGGUCAGACCCAGAGGCUGUCAGGAGGUCUGCUACCAGGAUGGUCAGCCCCCUGGGCAUUGGCAGUGCCUACCACUUCAGCCAGGAGGACAUUUCUGUCCUGAGGGGAUCCCAAUCACUCUCUAACAGCAGUCUGCACAACUCAGUGAGACCCUUGGAAGAUACAAAGGCCAAGGGGGAUUUGGAGUUUAGCUUAUUUAGGAAAAGGCUUGGGGAGAAAUCAGUAAUGACAAGUGAGAAUGAGAAUCUUCUCAUGGUUUUCAUUGAGGAUAGAGUAAGAGAAUGAGCCUACAAUGCUACGAAAGAAAUUAGUGUAGAUGCCAGGAAGGACUUCCAAGUCUGAAGAUUGGUCAGUGUCUGCCUUCUAGAUAUCUAGGAAAGAUUUGAUGACAGUUGUUUGUGAGUAGAAAAGGAAAUUGUUGUUUUUAUUGGCCAUUUUAUGAGACUAUUUGACGUCUUGCUGCUGUCUCUUGAGGAUACAUUCUGAUUCCAUCCUGGAGAGAUCCAAGUGCUUAUGUACUGUCUUCUUAGCUGCCUUAGUAGUGAACCAUCAUCAGCUCAAUGGACCAAAACCACCUUCAGCCAUGUGGUUUCUUCAUCAUCAUGGAUAUCUUUUAGUUGACGAAAAGUUCUGACUCUCAGAUGUAAAAAACUACUCUGGGAAAUGAACUGUAAGUGAAGUUAGUUUUGGAAUAUAGUUUAAACUACUUUUACUUUUUUUCUCUUCUAUGUUGCAAUGAAUGUCAAGGGCCUAAGCUCCAGUGCAUUUAGACCUUCCCUGCCUUUGUGCACAGAAUGUGACCAGCCAGCCCAUUAGCACCCAGAGAAUCCAAGCUUAUCAGUUUUCCUUCCUGGAAAAUCUCUGUACAGUGGGAAGAUCCCCUAGUGUUCUGUCCUUUUAUAGGUGAAGAAUUGGCUGCAUCACUUUAUUGAGUGUUGCAUUCUUUAGACUCUUAAAAUAUAUUAAUGUAUUCUAGUCUGACUCUAAUGACCUUUGAUUGAUAUCAAAGGAAUCCUGCAUUUCUCCCACAUUUCCCUAUCUCUUAGGGCCAUAGUUAUUUUAAUGCAGAGAUGAUUUUCAAGAUAUUUAACAACUGGUACAGGACAGACACCAACCACUCAGAACAGGUACCUGCUAUGAACAAACACUAUGUAUCAUUGCACCAGUGCCUGUUGGCUGAAUGUCACACUGCUUUCAAAUAUUAAAAUGGCAUUCCACUAAAUUUUAGGGUCCCUAGUUUGUCUGAUUUCUAUUUACAAGGCUGUUUUAGGGCAGCCUUGGCUUUCUUUUGUGGUAUAGACAGGAUAAGGCAUGUUUCUUUAAAAUAUAUGGGCAUUAAAAUCUUUGUGAGCCAAAGCUUCACAUUUUAUUACUUUAGAACAAAUCUAAUAAUUAACCCCUUUCUCCAUUUGAUUUGGAAAAAUUAAAGAUAGUCCAUCAAUGGGAAAAACUUUCUUGCUGACUUUCCCACGUCAGUCUCUGGCUACUUUCUUGCAUUUCUCCUUUUCAUUGUUUUAGUUCCCCGGGAAUGGGCACCUUUUCUUGCUCCAUCUUGCCCUGCCGCCUGCCAUAUUUUCCAGCCACACUUUGUAUAGGGAGGUUGGCAACUACUGUUUCCCUAGCCUUAGAGCACCUGUAAGGAAGAACCCAUUGUGGAACAAAACCAGUGACAGUGUCAUGAGAAAAAUGUGUCUCCUAACACAUUGAUGCCUUGUAUAUGCUAAAUUGCUUGAGGAUAAGGGAACCUGCCUUUGUUAACUCUGUGCAGCACAGUUACAGGAUCACAUGUUGACUUUUGAGUUCUUCCCCAGCCAGAGUCUCCCAGAUUACUAUACCUUAGGAACAUUAACCACUUUGGAAAACUGUGCCCACCCUUAUAGGUCACUUGAUUUUUCUUCUCAAACAGUGGCCAGCCUCAUUUUUGCUAUUCCUAAUGGUAAGAACUAUUCCCUACUCAUAUUCUCUUUUCCUUCGCAGCUCUCACCACUCAGCCCCAGUCCUGGCUGCUUCCUUGCUUAGGUUUGUGGCUGGUGACCAUGGUAGCAAGAGGCAAACUGGCAGCAUUUGGGGGCAAGAAACUGGAAGUGGCAGUGAAGCACUAGCAGUGUGUACACAUGUGUGCAUGGUGACAAAUGAGCAUGUAGCUGCAAGUUUUCAUCACCACUCUUAAGCUUUUGAGCACCUUGCUGGGAGAACAUCAAAAAAAUGUGGUCAUUCUCCCGUUUGGGAAUUCUCAUCUGAGUUUCUCUGACAAAACAGGUUGAGGACAAAUACCGGCAGAUUAAUCUAUGAAGAAAGGUAUUAAAGUUAAAGGAGAAACUGAUUUAGAAGUAGAAAUAAAGGCAGGUUGUUAGGGAUUUCUCAGGCCCACAGUUGCUUGGCCCAGAGAAAUUGUCUGCCUCUUCCAUGAUGAGAGGAAAUUUCAGGAACGGUUUAAAUGUUGGCAUGCCAGUACCCUGAUAGACUGGUAGUGUCAUAGAAAGGGAGGGAGGUCAGGGAUUUAAGAAAAUGAUGGUAAGUGGAAUUUGGAUCUAAGUGGGCAAGUUGUUUUCUGGUCAUGAUUUUUAGGCAAGAGUUGGUCCUCAGGGCAAAAACCAGCAGCGAUGUACUGUAAAAUUGCCAAAUAUAUUUGGUUGCAUGAAACAGACUGGCUCUUUGUGGCUAGAUAUGAUUUCCAACUUAUGAAGGAUUGUCAAGAGAUCUGGUCUUUACCAUAUACAGCUCCUCUCCUCACUCCUUAUUCAUAAAAACUUGGGGUAGAGGGAAAGUGAACCAUAUUUUUCCAAAAGACAAAGUAAAUAGUCAUUAUUUCUCUUUGUCUGGGAUAUGACUGGCUUUCAAGUUAGUUAUUAAUGUUCAAUAAAAAUCUGGUAUGUGCUAAGUCUCAUGCUUGGUUGCUAGCUCAGGCUAUGAGAGCUGUGACCUUCAAGAGGUCUCUGGUGUUGGGGAGUCUGUGGUUUCUGGUCAUUCAAAAGAGACAGUUUCUAAUUCUACUUUAUCUUCUGCCUACUCGACUCUCCAUACUUCCCUCUUAGUAGAGGAAUCAAUAAUUCUCCCUGCAUCUUCUCUGUUGAUUUUGUUGUCCAUGUUCUGUAUCUCAGAUUUUCCUGAAGCAGAGGAGCAGGCUUGAUGCCAGGACCCCUGUUUUUUUUUAAACCAGAAUCAGAAACACCUCCCACUAUGUUCUCUCUGCCACUUUAUCAAUGUCUUUGAAGUUCUUUGCAAGAGAGACAGCUCCUCCUCCUAGGACUUUUAAACAGUCAUCUUUGCCAGUUUGUCACUACAUUUUUCUCACAUUUCUUAGGUUCCUAGGCUACAUCCUAGCAGGCCAUCCAGGAACCCUGCAUUGAAUGUUCCCAGCCUUCUUGACUCUCUUGGUGAAAGCCAUUAGGCCUCCUCCAGCAGGCCCUGGCUAGUCAAGUGAGACGUUAUUCAAGUUCCUCCCCUUUUCACUGUCCUGGCUUUUCAAGCACCCUUUACUACUCCUCUUGUCUUUUCCUCAGUAUUUCAAGUUCUCCUUAGAGGGAAGAAGUUAUUGAUCAAAGGUCCCAAAACCACCAUCAGUUUGGGGUGGCUAGAGCAAUGAGGAGGUCGAUCAGUGCUGGACUUCUUGGAAAGGGGACUAUAUGGUUAUAUUCCUUAUUUAUGUUGAGGGUCUGAGGACUCUCAAGCCCUCAGGCUCAUCCACAUUUUAGCGUAAACAGAAAAAGACAUUCCAAAGCCAAAUAGAAGCGAUUUUUCUACUAAAUCUAUUCUUUAUGACUCUUGCUACCCCUGGUCUCUUAACAUUAAUUAUAGAAAAUGGGCGGUUGUCUCAGUUACAUUUUUUUUGUCAGAAAGGAGGGUAAUUUUCAUAACCAAAAGAGGUGUGAAGUAACUAUAUCACUGCUUGAAGUGUGAAAAGAGGAAAGGAGUGUUACGUGAACCUUUCCAGUGGAGAAUUCAGGAAGUUGAAUGACUCAUCCAUAGGCAUAAUUCUUUUAGAAGAUUCUGUGCUCAAAGGGAAUGGAAUGGUUUCUGACCCCUCUGAAGAGAUUAAGAAUAACGUUUUUCUUAAAUCUAACCCACUUUCUGCACUGGAGAAUACAGAACUUUUUCUUCUAGUUGAUGACAUUAAUAUUCUUUGAGAAGAGGGAGAACCCACCCACGGCACAUUUCUGAGCCCAGCAGAAAUCAGCAAGCUUGGGCUUCUCUUAGCAGGUUUGCGGAUGACUUCAACAUGCAGGUUUUUCACAUGUGCAAUAACGCUGGAAACAGAAGCACCAAACUGAAUGUGCAAUUACUCCUUUUGUAUAAGAAGCCAAAAUCAUCCUCCUCCCCUCCUCCCAUAUUCACUCCUCUGGGAUGAUAAGUCUCCCUCUUGUUUCUCUGUGUCUGUCUGUCUGAUUGAUUAGAAAUGGCUGCCCUUCCAAGCUAAAUGAGGUCAGGUGGAGAGUAGAGCAACCUUCCCUCACAAGGGAACAACUUGAGGUGCUGGUACAUUUCUCUUGUUUUCUAUGUUCUUCUUUCUAGUAGGUCCCAUGUAGAGAUAGAGAUAUUUUUGUUUUAGAGAUUCCAAAGUAUAUAUUUUUAGUGUAAGAAAUGUACCCUCUCCACACUCCAUGGUGUAAAUAGAACUGGGAAUAAAUGUGUCAUUGUGAUAAUCCCAUAGCAAUUUGUGGUAGGAACAAGACUCCUUUUCCAAUCUGUGUCUGUGACCCAGGGCAGGUAAUUGUGACACUGCAUCUCCUAGACCUCUGCCUGCCCAGGCUUGUGUAUACUCACCUCAACAGGUGAAAAAUAAAAUCUGUAGAAACUGUG